GUAAUUUUAUUUAUGCCUUCUCAGAACUCAUUAAGCAGAAUUUUGUACUCCAGCAGUGCGACUAUUAUUUUCAAUAAAAUGCUCAAUAAUUCCGUCAUAUCACGUUUGGUCCAUGUUGCGAGUAGGUCACAAAACCUUCUUGCGUCCGGAAACAAAUGAAAAAUAGGUUUUUGUAGCUGAAUCAUGUUAUAUAUGACGUAUUUCUUGUCAGUUUGAGAGACAUUUUUCGAAUUGUGCCGCGGGCGCAAAUUUUGAUUCCUGCGGGUCUAUAGUAGAAUCGGACCUAAGUAUAUCAAUUUGAUGUUGCUAAGAAUCAUUCAAUCUGAGCCAACGCAACGCCUGUACUAGUAAUACAUCGGUCCACUGCGACGACGCGUUCGGCAUAAGCAGUUCCUUGACUUAUUUUAAGCCGGCUAAGCUGAGCUGGGUCCCCACUUCCGUGACGUAAAGGUCCGCCGAUCCAGAGAUCCAGACUCUGCCGCGUCGAGGCACAAGCACGCAACUACAGCUUUCGAUUUGACUUGACCGCGCGACCGUUCAAGAUGUAAUUUACGAUCACCAAUCACAUCUCAGGUGUUUCGGAUACUCCAAAGAACCUGUUCCAGAUAUCCAGUUUCCAGAAUUAUUUUCGCCUCAUGCGACAGCGAAACCGAUUUGUGAUAAUUUAUUCCAGUUAUAAAGAACGUACCUUCUGCUUAAGAUGUCUCCAACAGCAACUUUGAUAUCCCAGCCAGCCACUCUGUCCAACCCUCUGACGUCACUCAGGAACAGGCAGCAGGAAUACGGCAGCUCAAACUCAGCUAACUCUUUGUUCACCUCUUACCCUACGACUAACUGGUAUCAGUACCACAGUUCGGAUCAGUAUCAGCCGAAACUGCUAAAUUCUCCAUGGUCACCUCCGUUUCCAACAACCCAGUAUUCGUACAACAUCUACAACCAGUUAAGUCCGACCCUGUGCGACCCUUUGGCAGACAUCGUUGAACAGUUUGCUGACCUGACUUUGGACAGGAGGCCGCUGAUAGUACCACCUCCCUCCUAUUUGUGUCAUCUCUGCUUCCAGAAGGGGCACUAUAUCAGGGAUUGUCCACAGGCUCGUCCUAGAGGGGAAGGCAAAACUCCCUACCAAGGAAGGAAGCGAUGCUUUGGAGAAUACAAAUGUCCAAAAUGCAAGAGGAAAUGGAUGUCAGGAAACUCAUGGUCUAAUAUGGGCCAGGAAUGUAUCAAGUGUCAUAUAAAUGUAUUUCCACAUAAACAGAGACCUUUAGAAAAACCUGAUGGCUUGGACGUCUCGGAUCAAUCGAAAGUCCAUCCACAACACUUGUGCCAAAAAUGCAAAGAAUUGGGGUAUUACUGUAGAAGAGUACAAUGAAGACCAAAUUCAUCUUUAUUUUAUUAUUUUCAAGUAUUAUAUUUUUUAUAUUUUAUUUUCCUAUUUUCAUUACGAUUAAUUUUAUGUCACAUUUUUAUAUUUUGUACAAAAGAAUAUUUUUUAUUUCUGUUUAAAAGUAUAACGAAUGAAGAGUACUUAAAUGACUUAUUGCAUAAUGUAUUUAUGUACGUUAUCAUAAUUUUGUAAAUGUUAUGUUGUAUGUAACGUAUAUAUAAAUUUACUAUAUGACUUGUUUA